AACACAACAGGAAAACAUCAAUUACAAGAUACACAAAAAAAGCAUUCACCAUGGCUACCGCUUUUGAGCCUUCGCUGUCAACGAGCACUAUGCGCCCUCCAUUUGCCUCUGCAGACGCUCCAUCAAUGGCAGAUUCGCUGCCCAGUAUCAACUUUGGCUUCGAAGAGUUGCGCGACAGGAUGGCAAAGUUUACUGCGAAGUUUGAUAGCUUCAUCGAAGAAGGACGUAAAAGAGUUCUGGAGGAAAGGAACCAGUUCCGGAUGAAUGUUACUGAGUUGGAAGAGGACCAGCGCAUGAAGAAGAGGGACAUUGAGAUUAUGACCCAGAAGUCUAGCACGCAUCAACAAACUCUCGCAAAGGAAGCCGCCGAGACGAAUGAGAUGAAGACGGCUAUCGCUUCCUUGAGUGCCCAGAGAGAUACACAUCUCGCGACGAAAGAGUCCUUGAAACAACAAAUUGCUGAAACACAGAAGCAGAUCGAUGCUAAAUUAGCAGCCCAGCGAGCUCAUGCCCAGCAUAUCGACGCCCAAUCUCGUUUCAAUAUCCCUGAAUUGGACUUCUGGACUUCAACGCUGUGCAUGACGAUUGAAGGAGCUGGUUUGAGCGACAGACUUAAGUUCAUUUUCACCCAUAUCGAUGAUCGUGAUUGGACUAGAGAAGCAUGGUUCGAGCUGGACUGCUCAAAGAGGGAAUAUGAGAUCCCUUUCUGCAAGCCUAAGUUGGAGAAGGAACAGCUUGAGAGGUUGACGCACAAGUUGAAUGAAGGACGGGACUUGCGAAUUGUGUUCAAGGGUAUUAGAGAGCUAUUCGUGGAAGCUUUCAAAGGUUAAGCUAGGAGAUGUUCGGAUCAGGAGUCAGUCGGAAUUGUUUGUAUAUGGAAGAGCUCACUGGUGGAGCUAAGUACUGUAUGUUCCAUGUUCGAUAAUGAAACCCAUUGAGACACGUUCAUGAAGUGCCAGCUCUAUCCAAGUCUACCUUGCUCCUCGCUCAACUUAAAUCAUCUAUCCACAACCAACACCUCAACCCAACCCAGGUGACUUCAACACCUUCUUCCACUCUUCAAUCUUCUUCGAGAAAACACUAGGGAAGCCUGAGUAUUUGGGCACCCCAUCAUUCGGAGGCAACUCAUACCACUCAUUCUUAACCUUCUCCUCCACAAAGAUAUGCGACUUCAACCUAGGCAACUGCCCCCUAAUACUCUCCUCAUCAA